AUGGAGAAGCUACCGGGACGACCGCUUGGUGACCGGUGGUUUGAGUUGUCGGAUCGUGAACGUCUUAAGGUGCUCCUGCAGCUUGUACAGUUUGAAGCAAAGCUUCAUGCGAUUCAGCUCCCUGCGAGUGGAACCAUAUACUACGCGAGCGAUCUACCGUCAGACUCACCACGCAUCGCCAUUCCAGAUUUUGAUGUCUGUAUAGGCCCUAGUGCAGCUCUUGAAUGGUGGUUCGCAGAGCGUGCCUCUCUCCGUGUCGAUCGCGGUCCUUGUGCGGAACCGAUCGAUGUUCUCCGAAAUCCUGCGUUAAAGGAAUUAGCCUGGCUGCGCACAUAUGGCCGCCCACGCUUCCCUUUUGAGCGUGCAUAUCGCGAGUCCAUGUGUUACCGAUUGUCCGACCCCAGUGAGCAUAUUGAGUCGCUGGAAUCCUACCUCAAGAUUGCUCCUCGACUGCUCCCAUCAAAUGAAUUCUUACGUCCGGUCCUUCGCCACCCUGAUCUUCAGCCUAACAACAUCUUCGUCUCAGAUGACCUGGAAAUUGUCGGGCUAAUUGACUGGCAACAUGCAGCUGUCCUUCCUCUCUUCCUCGCCGCCGGGAUCCCCAAGUUCUUCCAGAACUACGAUGACCCUGAAUCUAUUCAUUUCCGCCCGCCGCCUACUCCUGAUUUGAGCGAUCUGGACGAAGAGGAAAAGGUCGACGCUCUUUAUGACUUUCGACGACGCCAUACCCACUUUUUCUAUUUGGCAUUCACUCAGAGGUUCAAUGAGCCUCACUUCCGCGCUAUGGAUCAGACCACGAACAUGCUCACUCGGCGCAUCUUCAGCCAUGCGGGCGACCCCUGGGAGGGCAACAAUAUUCCGCUUCAAGCCGACCUUGUCUUGUUGGCCAAAUCCUGGCACGAAUACUCAAAUGACCCGUGCCCAACAUCCAUCUCUACGGCCAGGUCAGAUUCUAUCAUGCAUUUGCAAAGCAUGCAGGAAGAGAUUGACCUCCAACUGAAACAUAUCCGUAAUGCUAUUGGUAUCAGUAUUGAUGGAUGGACCCUUUCAGAAGAUUAUGAAGCUGCCUGUGCCCGUGCUCGUCAGAUGAAAGUUGAUGGCCUCGCUUCACUGCAUACAGACCACGAGCGCGAAAUGACGGAUCGACACUGGCCGUUUGAUGACCACAAUGAGGAUGAGUAGCGUGACUGUUUUCCGUGUCUAGACUUGUCUUCGAAGGGUAGAAGAUGCAACAUGUUGAAUAUGUUAAGGGUCUGGGUUUUCUGAUG